UAAAGCAUUGUUAAUUGCUUGGGCCGAAUGAAAGCAUAACCCAAAUACAAGGCUUGAAGCAGAGCAGUAGACAGCGUGGGCGUUACGCACCGAAACAAACCCCUUUUUAGUUGGGUUACCUGUUGCGCAAUCUAUUAUAGGGAGCUUCGAGGGUUGAUCCUCUGGUGCGACAAUCAGCACAAAAGAAAAUGUUUUUUGAUGGAUACGGAUAUCAUGGGACAUCAUUUGAGCAGACAUAUCGAUGCUACCCUGCUUCUUUUAUUGAAAAGCCCCAAAUUGAAAGUGGUGACAAAAUUAUAAUGCCUCCAUCAGCCCUUGACCGUCUAGCAUCUCUGCAUAUUGAUUACCCAAUGUUGUUUGAACUCCGUAAUGAUGCUGCUGAGCGGGUUUCUCAUUGUGGGGUUCUGGAGUUCAUCGCAGAAGAAGGCAUGAUAUACAUGCCAUACUGGAUGAUGGAGAACAUGCUUUUACAAGAGGGGGACAUUGUUAGAGUGAAAAAUGUGACACUUCCAAAGGGGACAUAUGUUAAGUUACAGCCCCACACAAAAGACUUUUUGGAUAUUUCCAAUCCAAAAGCUAUCUUAGAGACAACAUUGAGGAAUUUUUCCUGCUUGACUACUGGUGAUAGUAUUAUGGUGGCGUACAACAACAAGAAAUAUUACAUAGAUAUUAUAGAAACUAAGCCUGCCAAUGCUAUAAGCAUAAUUGAAACCGACUGUGAGGUGGACUUUGCUCCUCCCUUAGAUUACAAGGAACCUGAAAGGCCCAUUGCUCCACAUUCUGCAGGAAAAGCAUCCGAGGCUGCUGAGGAGACUCCUGCUGAAACUGAGCCCAAGUUCAACCCAUUUUCUGGAACUGGGAGACGCUUGGAUGGAAAACCUUUGAAGUAUCAGCCCCCUCCAGUUUCUUCUUCAGGGUCCAAGGACACGAAACCUGAUGUUCCGAGUGUUAAUGCACAGUCUUCUACAGCUUCUAGUUCACAAAGUAAUGCUCGUCAAUCUCAGGGAAAGCUUGUGUUUGGGUCAAAUGCAAACCGUACUAAAGAGACAGAAAAGGCAAAAGAGUCAAAACAAGAACCACUUAAAGAGAAAGAAGAGGCGAAAUUUCAGCCUUUUACAGGAAAGAAGUAUUCUUUACGGGGUUAGUUUAUAUAAAUUAAAUGCUUUUUAACUUUUAAUGUAAGUUACUUCGUUGGUCUGUCCAUGGAUCCAAGUCUAUUGCAAAAACUUGUAUUUCAUUUUUCUAUUGUAGUAUAAAAAAAGAUAGAGCCGUAGACGCCACAGAAAAUACUUGGAAGUUACCUUAAUUACUUCUGAAUGAAGCUCUUUGCAAUGGUGUCUCGGAUUCUUAUGUUACGUAUCAGCUGCAAAGG